GAAUUCUCAAAUUCUACAACUCAUCUGUGCAUCGUUGGAUAGUCAGCGCCACUUUCUUGCGGGGGCAAUAAGGAGAGAAAGAAGAGAGAGAUCUAGGCUAUUUUGCAUCCGAGAUUUACUCAUUCAUAUUAUUCUCUUCUUCCGGAGCGGAUCAUUGUUUGAGGUUUUCUCUUGGACUCCAUUUUACUUCACUGUUUGAGAGGAUAUAUCAGGAAAUGGAUAAAAUCAGUGAAUGCUAUAAAGCCCAAGUCUUAGACGGCGAUGGUGUCUUUAAUGUCGAUGGAGUAGAUCAUUUAUUGAAGGAGGUAAAAUUAGCAGAAUAUGGCCUUUCCUAUGCUAUAGUCUCUAUCAUGGGACCUCAAAGUAGUGGGAAAAGUACUCUCCUAAAUAAUUUAUUUGGAACCAAUUUUAGGGAGAUGGAUGCUUUUAAGGGAAGGUCACAGACGACCAAAGGUAUUUGGAUGGCAAACUGUGCCGGUAUUGAACCUUGCACACUUGUAAUGGAUUUGGAGGGUACAGAUGGAAGAGAACGAGGAGAGGAUGAUACUGCAUUUGAAAAGCAAAGUGCCCUCUUUGCCCUUGCUGUUUCAGAUAUAGUGCUGAUUAACAUGUGGUGUCAUGACAUAGGGCGGGAGCAGGCUGCAAAUAAGCCUCUUUUAAAAACUGUCUUUCAGGUGAUGAUGCGACUAUUCAGUCCACGCAAAACAACCUUGAUGUUUGUUAUACGUGACAAAACCAGAACACCUUUGGAGAACUUGGAACCUGUUCUGAGAGAAGAUAUUCAAAAGAUAUGGGAUAAUGUUCCUAAACCACAAGCUCACAAGGAGACUCCAUUAAGCGAUUUUUUUAAUGUUGAGGUUGUGGCACUUUCAAGUUAUGAAGAGAAGGAAGAACAGUUUAAGGAGCAGGUGGCUAGUUUAAGGCAGCGAUUUUUCCAUUCUAUAGCUCCUGGUGGACUCGCAGGAGACAGAAGAGGUGUAGUUCCUGCAUCAGGGUUUUCAUUUAGCGCACAACAGAUGUGGAAGGUUAUUAAGGAGAACAAGGACCUUGACCUUCCUGCACAUAAGGUCAUGGUGGCUACUGUGCGUUGUGAAGAAAUUGCCAAUGAAAAGUUUGCUUAUUUUAUCGCUAAUGAGGAGUGGUGCGAGCUAGAUGAAGCUGUACAAUCUAGUCCUGUUUCAGGUUUUGGGAAGAAGCUUAGUUCAAUUCUAGACACUUGUCUCUCAAUGUACGAUGCAGAAGCUACAUUUUUUGAUGACGGUGUCAGAUCCUCUAAGCGAAAGCAGUUGGAAGAGAAGUUACUGCAACUUGUGCAACCAGCAUAUCAGUCUAUGUUAGGGCACAUACGCUCCCAGACUUUGGAAAAUUUUAAAGAAACCUUGGAUAAAGCAUUAGCUGGUGGAGAAGGAUUUUCUGUAGCUGCUCGUAGUUGCGCUGAGUCCUUUAUAAUUCAGUUUGAUGAAAGAUGUGCAGAUGCUACCAUCAAGCAAGCUGAUUGGGACUCAUCCAGAAUGAGGGAUAAGCUUCAACGUGACAUUGAUUCACACAUUGCUUCUGUACGGGCUUCCAAGCUGUCUGAGCUUACUAACCUUUACGAGUCAAAGUUGAACGAGUCACUUUCUGCACCCGUGGAAGCUCUUCUGGAUGGAGCUAAUGAUGAUACCUGGUCGACAAUAAGGAAGCUUCUUCACCGUGAAACUGAAUUAGCUGUCUCUAGUUUUGCAUUAACGAUCUCUGGUUUUGACAUGGAUGAAGAGACUAGGAGUAAAAUGCUACUGAGUCUGAAGGACUAUGCAAAAGGUGUGGUUGAAGCAAAGGCAAAAGAAGAAUCCGGAAGAGUGCUUAUCCGCAUGAAGGAUAGGUUUUCGACAAUAUUUAGCCAUGAUUCUGACUCAAUGCCGCGCAUCUGGACGGGCAAGGAGGAUAUUCGGACUAUUACUAAAACAGCUCGCACUGCAUCUUUAAAGAUGCUCUCUGUGAUGGCUGCAAUUCGACUGAAAGAUGAACUUGAUAAAAUUGAGAGCACACUGUCUCGUGCUUUGGUGGAACCUAAAACUGAUGGUGCUACUACCAGCAGAAGCAUCUCAUUGGGUGACCCCUUGGCAUCAAGCUCCUGGGAAGAGAUUCCAGCAACAAACACGUUAAUCACGCCUGUUCAGUGCAAAUCAAUAUGGAGGCAAUUCAGGACAGAGACGGAGUACACCGUCACUCAAGCCAUCACUGCUCAGGAAGCUAGCAAGCGGAAUAAUAACUGGUUGCCUCCACCAUGGGCUAUUGUCGCCUUAUUUGUUUUGGGUUUCAAUGAACUUAUGACACUUCUCCGAAAUCCUUUAUAUCUGGGAGUAAUUUUUGUUGCAUUUCUCAUCGUAAAAGCCCUAUGGGUGCAACUUGACAUUUCUGGUGAAUUCCGCAAUGGUGCUCUUCCAGGCCUUCUCUCUUUGUCCACGAAGUUCCUUCCCACAGUUAUGAACCUUCUUAAAAAAUUGGCGGAAGAGGGUCAAAUACCUGCUAACAAUUCUUCAUCUGAAACAAGAAACGUCAAUAACAGCGUGAACAAUGGUGGCGAAGCCUCAUCUUCCGCUUCAUCAAGUAUAACCGCAUCAGAAAACUGUACUGAAUACUCAAGUCCAUCUAGACACGAUACAACAUCCUAAGAAAUCUAUAAUCGCGUUUCACGGUUCGAUUACACUUGUUACUCCAACUGGAGCAAUGUGAAGAAAGUAAACAAAAUAUAUUGAAAAAGGCAUAUUUUUUUGUGUGGCAAGUGCCAGUAUGUAUAACUGGGGUGUUUUUUUCAUGGCUUGCUGCAGAAAAACCCCCCUUAUAGGCAUUGUUUUUGUUUAUCUUUAAAUGGUAACAUAUUUUGUAUGAUUGUAACCUCAUAUGUUUUGGAUUAGCUUUGUAAGUCUGACAACAAAUUUUCUAUAAAGCUAAGCUACCUCCUAUUUGAGUGCUUCUUUGGAAAUGCUAUUUAUCCUCUUC